UAUCCGGAAGUAUAACAGAAGUGGCAUCUGCCAUAGGAUAGCUGAAGAGGGCUUGUGUUGACACUUGGGAUUUAUUUGCAGAAUGGAAUUUGCUGAUGAAUCAAGAUUGCAUAAUGGCAAUCAAGCAGCUGGUCUCUAUUAUCCGCUUGGUGAAUUUGACGCUGAAAACGUUGGUAUUGAUCGUGUUUCUGAGGAUUCAACGCGGUUGAAGCAGCUGGGAUACAAGCAAGAGCUCGGCCGUGGCCUUUCGUUCCUGGCCAAUUUUUCGGUCACUUUUUCAAUAUUAUCAGUCAUGACGGGAAUAACAACGCUGUACAAUCAGGGCCUGUCGUUUGGUGGGCCCAUUGCUAUGGUUUACGGGUGGCCUAUCGUUAGUUUAAUGACGAUGAUUGUGGGCCUCUCGAUGGCUGAGAUCUGCUCUGCUUACCCGACUUCUGCUGGGCUAUAUUUUUGGAGUGCUAUACUCUGUGGUAACGGAUGGAGCCCAUUCGCAUCUUGGCUCACUGGCUGGAUUUUCCGAAAAAAUUUAUCAGCGGGUGCAAUGACAUCCUUCUGA